AUGCCCGUGUGCCAGUACGGCCCGGGCAGUGUUUUCGGCAGCAGCUGCCUCUGGAGUGCCGUGGAGCCUGCGGGCGCCUCCGUGCGCUGCCGAGAGUCUGGGGGCCAGCUCUGGGUACUGGAGAAGCUCGCCUGGGAGCAGGCACCGGAAGAGACGAAAAGCAUCGGCUUGAUUGGCGGAGUGAUGCUCCUGAUCAACAACCUGGCAGGACCCACCAUCGUCUCUAUGCCCGCCUUGGCGCAGCAGGCGGGGUGGCUGCCGCUCUUCCUAGUCCAGGCGGUCAUCGCGGGCUUCUCCUCGGUCUGUGGCUUCAUGCUCAUCGAGGCCAUGCGCUGUAUGCCAGGGAACCACAGCUUCGAUCAGACCAUUGAGUUCACCAAUCUGGCUUCCUUUUAUUUGCCCCACGAGCUCUACCUUGGCACCAUGGUCUGCUACCAUGUGAACUCCAUCCUGAACCUCAUGUCCCUGAUCAUCCAGUCUGGACAGGUCAUGGACUACAUCAUGCUCAAUGUCUACGGCUGUGCCCCAGGCCUGCAGCUGGGAGGUUUGGCCUAUGUCUGUGGCACCCGCACGGACUCGGUGACCCCAUUUGGCGAUAGCUACGUGCUAUCCAGCUCCAUGCUGGCGGUGGCACUGAUUUGCGCACCCUUUGCGGUAAAGAACCUGGAUGACAACGUGAUCCUGCAGUACUUGGCAGUGGUUGGCCUGGCUGUGAUGUCAGUCAUUUGGAUAGCACUCCUGCUAAAGGAGCCGGCCUUUCCCCACCCGUUGCCAGUGGUGACAAGCUCGCAGUCAUCUUUGAUUGGGACUGUGCUCUUCAACUUCGCCUUCACCAGCACGCUUCCGUCCUGGGUGAAUGAGAAGAAGCAAGAUGUCUCCGUGGGGACGACAUUCUGGACAACUAUGGGGUUUGUAGUUGUGCUCUACUCCGUGGUUGGCAUAGUUGGUGGCAUGGCGUAUCCGCCCUUCUACGACACCAACGAGAACCUCUUCAGCAAGCUGAACGCCGGCGGCUCCAAAGUUGGGCAGGCCACAGUGGCAGCAUACCCCAUGCUGCAAAACGUCACCUCCAUCCCAGUGCUGGCCAUCCUGAUCCGGUGCAACUUGAUCCAGGGAGGUCUCAGCUCCUCGAUUGCCACCUUCAUAGCUGUCGGGCUACCGUGGCUCGUGAGCAUCCCCUUCUACACUGGCAGUGGCUUCGACACGAUCGCGGAGGUGGGCGGUCUGGCCACCUCCUCCAUCAUUAAUUUCAUGAUCCCCCUGAUCAUGUACGUCGUUGCGGUUGGCAGGAAGAAGGAGAGAGAAGAGCUUCUAAGUCACUCAAAAAGUGCUGCGACGGAUGCAUGCAAUGAGCUACAGGGCAUUGUGAGCAGCUUUGAAGUGCAUUCUUGCACAUGCAUGCGGAACUGA